UAAAAAUCGGAACAGGGGACCCUGAACUGUCGUGUUUAAACACAAUUCCGUAUCAGGCAGCAUUCUUACAAGCUCCCUAUAUGGAACACAUUUAGCAAUCUUCCUCUGUUGGACACAUAUGUUUGACUGAAACAUAAGUGUCCAUUUGCCCCUUAAUAACAAGUCGGAUAAUCCGAGGGCCACCUAUCAACAGUGCUCUUCAUCUUUGAAAGCUUCUCUGAAGAUCUAGCCCAUUGACUUAGUAAAAAAUGGAAAUGAUAUCAUUAGCGUUGGCAAACAGCUUGGGAAUAAAUUGGCAUAAACGUUGUGAAAAUAAUUUCAGUAAGAUGUUUUUCAACAAUUCAUUCCAUUCAAACUAGACAUGACUAACCCAUCAUGCAUCAUUUGCCUAAUUUAAAAUACAUAAAGAUAACAAACUAUAACACAGUCUUUAUUUUGAAAAACAAAUUUUACUCAAAGAUUGAAUGGAGCUUCUUAAGUUAAGAUUCAUAUUUCAUUAUCUCUAUGAUUCACAACGUUUAUAUGUGAUCUAAUUAGCUAAUUGUGUGCACUGAACAGCAAAUAUUUGAAUGUGUAUUUAAAACCUAAUUUUCAAUUACUCGGGUGAAGUAAAAAGCAUCGGAAUCAAUUUUAUACAGGAAAACCAAUUUUAACUUAGAUUAUUGAUGUCAUGUUUAAUGUUUUCCUUCCUUUUUAAACAUCAUUUGUCCUAUUUAUUAUAAAAGAAAAAUACGAAACGUUUGCUUCACAGGCAACAUAAAUAAGGCCUGUUUACAUUUCUGAUGGGUCAUAAACACAACAGUGAACCUGGGAUUAAACACCAAGUCAUCGAUCCUAGAUUUGAAUGCCCGAUUUGCCUCACAUGCCUGAGAGAGCCUUACCUCACUAUCUGCGGCCACCGUUUUUGCCAACAGUGUAUUUUAAUGUGGUUGGAAAAAAAAGGCAGUGUCUGUCCAGUGGAUGGGAGAGUUCUCAAAAAAGAAACAGACCUUUUUCUAGAUAAUUAUACCAAAAGAGAAAUAUCUGAUCAAAUCAUCAAAUGCCCUUACCCUAAUUGUAAACAUAUUUCCCCUUUGUUAGAGUACGAGCAACAUUUAUUGCAAGUCCAUGAGAUUGUGAGUCCAACUUCUUCUAAAGUCAACAAUUUUCAAUUUAACGGAGAGGCAAAUGGCGAAGAAGAAAAUGAAUCGUUAUGGAUGUCGCCAGGGAAGUACCAGUCGAAAGCUGAUGAAGCUACAAAGUUGUUAAUAAAGUCGUUGUUCGAACGGUUGGUCAUAUUAGAACAAAAGAGUCUGGAGCAGGAAAAUCAAUUGAAAACUGCUAAAGACAAAAUCGCAGAAAUGCAGAACGAACGGUUGAGAUUCGAAGCAGAACUAGCCUUGAAAGUAUGUAACGGAACGUACGUCUGGAAUAUUACAGAUGUUAAAAGUAAAAUAAGAUUCAUGUGUAAAGACUCCGCAAAUACGUUUUACAGUGAUGGAUUUUACACUUCUUAUACUGGAUACAAAUUUUGUGCUCGGAUUUACGUCACCCCCCAGCAGAAAUACCUUUCCCUGUGGACUCAUAUCAUGAAAGGCGACAAUGACCAUACACUCUCCUGGCCGUUUUCUGGCAGGAUCUGCUUUACUCUGAUCCACCCGACGAAACCGGAGAAUUCGCUGAGGGAAAAGAUGUGCUCCAGGCCUGACGUUGAAGCUUUCAAACGGCCGAAGAACACUAUAAACAUGAGAGGGUUCGGCUAUAACGAAUUCAUUUCACUGAGCGACCUCACGUCCCAAGAGUUCCUGAACGAAAGCGACACACUGAACAUUAAGAUUCAGAUAAACGUCGUUUAAUCAGCAUUCUGCACAUGUUUUAUUUUUAUAUCGAGUCUUUUGUGUUCUAUUCUAGUUUUAAAUGUUUAAGUUUUGACUGAUUAACGCACAUUUUGUGUAAAAAUACAUUCCUGUAAUUUCUAGUGCAAAUACUGUUUGCUCAUAGCAAAAUGAAUAUUCCGUCCAUAAAAAAUUGUUAAGUAAUUAUUCUCAAUCACAAUGGAUCUCAAUAGACCAGUGAUAAAAAUUGUUGUAAGAGUUUAUUUUAAUAUGGAAAUUUUAUAUUAUGUUUUAUUUGUUUUUAAACUAUUUUUGGUUUAUUUUUUUGGUGUGGCACAAAAUUUUGUUUAAGUGAUCAAACUUAAGUUAUUUAGAUAUAAAUUUAAUGUUAUAAUUUAUUUUCAUUUUAAAUAAAAUGUCAUCUU